AUGACAGUCCUAGCAGAACUCGAGUCCCAAAGCAAGGAGCUUUCCUCUGCAAUUGAGAACCUCGUAACACAUUGCCAGAGAGCACAACUUUACGCCGAUGGUACAGUACUUGGGAAGCCACCACAGAUUAUUCCACACGAAGCUCCAGCAGAGGUUCAUCGAGCUCGAGAGUCGGUUUUGGCGAGUAUCAGCAGACUUCAAGUCAUGCUGGCUGGCCCAAACGACUUCUUGAAGCAACUGGCCAGUCAGACCCAGAUUCUCGCAUGUGUGCAAUGGCUGGGAGAAUUUCAGGUCCCCGCGUGCAUUCCGCUGGACGGCAGUGCCAUGAUCAAAGACGUAUCAGACCUCAUAGGCAUUCCUGAGAGUCAACUCACUCGAGUGAUACGAAUGGUGGUGACUGCUGGAUUUUUACAAGAACUUCAGCCAGGCUAUGUAGCCCACAGUACUCUAUCAGCAUCUUUUGUCAUCCAACCAUCUUACCUGGAUGCCACGAUAUUCCUAGCCGAACGGGUGGCUCCAGCCGCGUUGAGGAUGGCAGUAGCGACAAAGCAGUGCUCAAUGUCAUCGAAGGAAUUGACUCAGGGAUCCCAUCAUAUCGGCUCUAAUACAUCUAAUGGGACCGACUUUGCCGUGGCAGACGAGGUCCGUCUUCCCCGGCUGCAGCGUCAAUGGCAUGCAUAUCUCCGACAUGGAACGGGACAUCUGUGCGACACGGUGACGGACGUUCUAACCUGCCUCGAGCGCUUUCGGAUGGCCAAUGCGACCGUCGUGGAGGUCGGGGCGCGAUCCACCGGGCGAGCGAUCGCUCUUGCGAGUCAAUACCCUACACUGUGCUUCACGGUUCAAGUGAACCAGAUAGGCGAUUCGUCCUCUGCCAGAAAUGGGAGUAUACCUUCAUACCUCGACAAGACGCGACAACUGCGCCCGACUCCCCGCGUGGCCGUCCAGCAGCGGGUCCUCGGGUCCGAUCAAACCGUCUUCGACGCCGCUAUCUACAUCGUCAACUUACCCUUACCGGUACUGGGAAUGGAAUCCCCCUCCUUGGCGACGCAAACUAGUGUCGAGCUCAAGGCCCACUUGAAUGUACUUCGAAUUAAUCGGUCAGCCACCAUGGUUCUCAUCGUCCCUUUCCUACCCGAAAGCAAUAAUGAGAGCACGGAAGCGGUGGCCCUGAUGCGGAUCCGAGAUCUGUCGUUAUUGCAGUUAGUCAAUGAUCAGGAACUAGAGAUCUCGAAGGUAGUCAAUCUCUUGAGUGGGGUGAGCGACAGCGAGGGGAGGCUAGUCCUGGUGAAUCGGGUCAAGUCGCCGGGGAAGCAUGGCACCGUCGCGCUGGAGAUCAAGUAUCAGGCAUAUACGGACCAUGAGUAA